CCGACCUUAAAUUUCUUUCUUAAGGUGGACCCCUCUCUGCUUCUAUUACCCAUUUGUCCUUGCAAUGUCCUUGUCAAUACUCAGAGACGUUUGGUCUUAAUGUUGUCAACUUUUCCCACCAGAGCCCAUAACAUAUUAGUCAUAGUUAUUUUAAAUUCCACGUCUGGUAAUUUCAGCAUCUGUGUCAUGUCCCAGGCUGGCUCUGAUGCUCCUUCUGACUGACUUUUCUUUCUUUUUUCUUUUUUUUUCUUUUUUGAGACAGAGUCUCGCUCUGUCAACCAGGCCGAGUGCAAUGGCACGAUCUCCGCUCACUGCAAACUCCGCCUCCUGGGUUCAAGCAAUUCUCAUGCCUCAGCCUCCCAGUAGCUGGGAUUACAGGCGUGUACGACCACGCCUGGCUAAUUUUUGUAUUUUUAGUAGAGACGGGGUUUCACCAUGUUGGCCAAGCUGGUUUCAAACUCCUGACCUUAGGUGAUCCCCCUCGCCUCAGCCUCCCAAAGUGCUGGGAUUACAGGCGUGAGCCACUGUGCCUGGCCCCUGACUGACUUUUCUUAUCUUUUUUCAUGCCUUGUUUUUCUGGAAAGCCAGUCAGGGUAUACUAGAUAACAGGAACUGAGAUAAAUAGGUCUUAGGGUGAGAAUUUAUGUUACUCUGGCUGGGGCUGGGCUGUGUUUGACAUUUUUCUGUGGCUGUAGGAGUCCAAACCUAAUGGCUAUGGCCCAGGCUCUGUGUCACUGCCACCUCUGUACACCCGUUUGGAGCCCUGUGUUGAUGUGUGACUAUCACCCAGUUCUGAGUCCCAGCUGGGAAGUAGGGGCCAUUGUAGAUGCCCUCCCUGGGCCUGUGUGCCCUCCGACUCCAUCCUGGCUCUGCCUGUGCCCUGCUCUCUAUGCAGGGAGCCCCUGCAGUCCGCAUUUCCCACCCUAGCAGCCCUCUGCUAGGUUCAGCCAAUGAAAGUCACAGGUGAGAGUUGGAGGGGAGGUGGCAGGGCGAAGCCGGGGUAUUUCUCCCGCUCUCUCUGCGCAGAAUCUCUGACGGUGGCUAUCUCCAGCUCUGGCCAGACAGGCCUUGUGAGGGUCCAGCUUUUACAAGGUGACCAUAGCUCCUUGGCUCCGGUAACAUUUGCUCUCCCUGCAUCAAGGACCUGGGGACUGUUCCUACUGUUGCUGAUCUCAAGGUUACUUCACUGAGCCCUGUAUGGCUUCUUAGCCUCUUUGACUUCAAGUCCCUGCAUUACAUAUCCUGUGUUUCAAAUACUCAGAGAUGUUUGGUCUCGAGCAGAGACACUGACUCUUACAUUGUACCUGUUCAGGCCAGAGCCACAGACCUCUGAGCGCUCCAGCCCUGCUGCAUCUAAUCCACCCCCAGCUCUGCCAGGAGCACGAGCCCAAAGGCAGAAACACGGUCCCCCAGGACAGUCCAAAGAGACCUGCAGAGGACGGAUGUGUGCGUUGGGGCCAUGAAGAUGGAGUAGGAGCUCACUGGACAGAGAAGAUGGGGAAGGACACUCUAGGGAGGAGCGAAUGCUGAGGUCCACUUGAGAAAAUGCCUGGGUGGUUUUGGUGCUGUGAGAUUCUGGGGUACGUGAGGCUGUGUGUGAGCGUCUGUAUGUGUGUGUUGGGGGGGUGGGGCAGGGUUGGGUCUGAAUCUUCAGCAGGGGCAGCAGAACAAAGGGCUAGAUGCCCACCCCAGGGGGUAGACUCAUCAGUGCUCCCUAUGCGAGAGUGGAAGUGGGAAGCCCCAGUGGGUCCUGGGCUGCAGGAGAAUCCGUUGCCCCAGGAGCAGAGACUGGGAAGAAGCACACAGUUAAGGGCAAAGAGUGGACUGCGGUAGCUGCUCCGUCCCCCCUCCCCACCCCUAGGCCAGGUUUCGCUUCUCCCUGAGAGUCCUGGGGCAACACCCCCUGUCCUUUCCCUCGCGCCCCCAUUUUUAAACUUACGUGAGAGCUUUCGGGGACCGGCUGCGGGCAUCCCUUCCCCUAGCCCAGUGGGUGGUGGAACCGGAGCCCAGGAGUCCAGCCCUCUGGCCCUGCGCCUCCCUGGCUAAAUAGCGCCCUGUGGGGAGGAAGCAGGGCCCCAGGCGGAACCGGGAAAACACACCGGGACUUUCUACAAACCCGGCCACUCCCACUGAAUUGGGAAAGCGGUUAAAAGAGGUCGUACCGCAUUCUGCGCCGCGUCCCUCUUCCUUCAGUCCAGCCGCAUGUCCCCGACCAGAGGUGGCCUCCUAGAAGGGGAGGUCCCCAAACUCGAGGCCCUGCGUGUAGGGGAGGGGAGCGCCCGCCCCUUCCCCGCCGCUGUGAGCGCCCCGGGAGGGAAGUCGGGCUGCCGUCCCUCCGCCUCUUCCCCCGCGGGGCGAAGCGAUGGCUCGGGCCGGGGCCGGGGCGCUGCUGGCGCUUUGGGUGCUCGGGGCCGCAGCGCAUCCGCAGUGCCUGGACUUCAGGCCGCCCUUCCGGCCGCCGCAGCUGCUGCGCCUCUGCGCGCAGUAUUCGGACUUCGGCUGCUGCGAUGAAGGGCGCGACGCCGAACUGACCCGCCGCUUCUGGGACCUGGCGAGCCGCGUGGACACCGCCGAGUGGGCCGCGUGCGCCGGCUACGCGAGGGACCUGCUGUGCCAGGAAUGCUCUCCGUAUGCAGCCCACCUCUAUGACGCUGAGGACCCGUUCACACCCCUGCGCACGGUGCCCGGGCUCUGCCAGGACUACUGCCUGGACAUGUGGCAUAAGUGCCGGGGGCUGUUCCGUCACCUAUCAACCGACCAGGAGCUCCGGGCGCUGGAGGGCAACCGUGCCAGGUUCUGCCGCUACCUGUCCCUGGAUGACACGGACUACUGCUUUCCUUACCUGCUGGUCAACAAGAACCUCAACUCAAACCUGGGCCAUGUGGUGGCCGAUGCCAAGGGCUGCCUGCAGCUGUGCCUGGAGGAGGUGGCCAACGGGCUGCGCAACCCCGUGGCCAUGGUCCAUGCCAGGGAUGGCACCCACCGCUUCUUCGUGGCCGAGCAGGUGGGGCUGGUGUGGGCCUACCUGCCCGACCGCUCAAGGCUGGAGAAGCCUUUCCUGAACAUCAGCUGGGCGGUGCUCACCUCGCCCUGGCAGGGUGACGAGCGUGGCUUCCUGGGCAUUGCCUUUCACCCCCGCUUCCGGCACAACCGCAGGCUCUACGUCUACUACUCAGUGGGUAUCCGCACCAGUGAGUGGAUCCGCAUCAGCGAGUUCAGGGUCUCUGAGGAUGAUGAGAACGCCGUGGACCACAGCUCUGAGAGGAUACUCCUGGAGGUCAAAGAACCAGCUUCAAACCACAACGGGGGUCAGCUGCUGUUCGGGGAUGACGGGUACCUCUACAUCUUCACCGGAGAUGGCGGGAUGGCCGGAGACCCCUUUGGGACAUUCGGAAAUGCCCAAAACAAGUCGGCGCUGCUGGGCAAGGUGCUGCGCAUCGACGUGGACCGUAAGGAGCGCGGCCUGCCCUAUGGCAUCCCGCCCGACAACCCGUUCGUGGGCGACCCCGCCGCGCAGCCCGAGGUCUAUGCCCUGGGCGUGCGCAACAUGUGGCGCUGCUCCUUCGACCGCGGCGACCCCGCGUCGGGCGCGGGCCGCGGGCGCCUCUUCUGCGGCGAUGUGGGCCAGAACAAGUUCGAGGAGGUGGACCUGGUGGAGCGCGGCGGCAACUACGGCUGGCGCGCGCGCGAGGGGUUCGAGUGCUACGACCGCAGCCUGUGCGCCAACUCCUCCCUCAAUGAUGUGCUGCCGAUUUUCGCUUACCCUCACACGAUUGGCAAGUCGGUCACAGGGGGCUACGUGUACCGGGGCUGCGAGUACCCCAAUCUGAACGGCCUCUACAUUUUUGGGGAUUUCAUGACCGGGCGUCUGAUGUCCCUCCACGAGAACCCAGGGACAGGCCAGUGGCACUACAGUGAGAUCUGCAUGGGCCAUGGCCAGACCUGGGAGCUGUACUUCAUGUCGACAGGGGAGCCGAGUGCCACAGCUCCACGUGGGGUUGUCUACAAAAUAAUUGACCCAUCCAGGCGGGCACCACCUGGCAAGUGUCAGAUCCAGCCUGCUCAGGUGAAGAUCAGAAGCCGCCUCAUCCCCUUUGUGCCCAAAGAAAAGUUCAUCCCGAAGACACGGAGCACCGCGCGGCCUACAGCGCGGGCGCCCACCCGGGCGCCCCGCCGCAGGCGCCCCACGGUAGCUCCACCCCCUCCCACCCCGCGGCCAGCGCGGCCCACCCAGCAGCCAGGGAGCCGCAGGGGCGGCGGGCGCCGGCGGGGGCGGCUGAACUCGGCGAACCGGGCGUUCCGGGAUGGUGACGUGCGCCUGGUUCGGCCCGCGGGCCUGAGCUCCGGCAGCGGGCGCGUGGAGGUGUUCGUGGGCGGACGCUGGGGCACCGUGUGCGACGACUCCUGGAACAUCAACGGCGCCGCCGUCGUGUGUCGCCAGCUGGGGUUUGCCUACGCCGUGCGCGCCGUCAAGAGCGCCGAGUUCGGCCAGGGCGGCUCGCUGCCCAUUCUGCUGGACAAUGUGCGUUGCGCGGGCUGGGAGCGCAACCUGCUGGAGUGCCAGCACAACGGCGUGGGCACCCAUAACUGCGAGCACGACGAGGAUGCGGGCGUCGUGUGCAGCCACCAGAACCCCGACCUGUAGGCAACACGCCGCUGCCCCCAGGCCAUCCUGCCGGCGGGGAAGCCUGGCCGCUCCGCCCUGUGUGCCCGCGGCGGGUGCACACGCUUUCUAGGGUGAAGGGGGUGCGGGUGUGUGCUGUCCUGGGGACCUGUGUGAGGCGCUGCAGUGCAUGUGUGUCCUCCGCAGACCCAAGGCAGGAGUGUGUGUUGGCGGGGGUGUGGGCUGUGGGAGUGCAUGGUCCAUCCUGGGCCGGAGGAGUUCCUUUCUUACCUCCAAGCAUUCCAGACACCAGCAGGAACACAGCCUGCUAUGGGACCCUGAGGAGGAAGGGCAGCCAGGCUUCGAGGAUGGACAUGGCCCCUGGCUUUGCUAACAGAGGCACAGCUGGCAGACUGAGGGCGGUGGGGGAAACCAGGCUUGUCCUGCCCACAGCUGGAAUGGAAGGUGCCAGAACAUCCGGAGGGUGGCCUGAGGAAGGUAGCCCAGAGAGUAUGGCCUGGUGCCUGCCCCCGCCCCUUAACCCCCGCAGUCAGAGGCGCUGGAAAGAACCGGAAGGCACCCAGUGGGGAAGGGAAAGCCUUCUGGAGGCUGGGAGCAGGGUGAGCUGCAGGCCUGGGGCCCCACUGGAGGGGCAGGCUGCGUGGAGGGGCCAGCACCUGCUCAGGGAGGGUGGCUUUGGGAGGACUGGAUGACCUCCAAGGCCGUGUGCUGGAGAAGCCACUCAGCAGCAUACCCAGCCCUUGCGGGUGCUCCUGGGAUGGCGCUAGCCUCCUCCAACCCCGAGGCCUGAUUCUCGCUUGCUCUCGGGGCAGGAGCCACCCACACUAGCUGGGCAGAGCUUUCACCCUGACCCUCCAGUGAGUGGGUGGGCCUCCACUACUUUCAAAGCUGUGUUUGGGCUCUGGGGCCACCUCUGUCCUUUCCAUCCCCGUCCCUGCUCAGUGUAAACCCAGGAGACCUGAUUCCUCCAACCCUACCUCGGGGCUGACCAGGCUGGGGAUUCCGUGAGACUACUGACACUUUUUCACCCAGGGCUAUGCCAACCAUGUGGCUGUUUCCACACCACUCUCCUGCCUCCUCUCUGACCUGCGCCUGUGUGGGAGCCAGGGUGGGAACCGGGAGAAAGGGUGAGGCCUGCCGCCUCCCACCUGCAUCACAGGUGGAAGCUCCUUUGCUCCAGGGAUGCUCGGCCCUGGCUCUGUGCCAGGCCGCAGAGGGGCACUAAGUGUGACUAUGCUCAGCCUCGGACAGGAGCAUGGGUGGGGGUGGGUAAGCUGAUGAGUCAGCAGGCAGCGAGGACAGGACGUGGCCCAUGUCGGGGGUUGGAAGAGGUCUGGGUGGGGCACCCAAACCCAGCCGGUGGGGGAAGGCUUUGGGGAGGUAGUGAUGCUGUGCCAAGUUCUGGGAACUGGCACCAGGGGUGGCCGGGCAGGCACAUGGGUCAGGCACGAGUCUGGCAGGGUCUCCUAGCCACUAGUAUAGGGUCUCCUAGCUGCUAGUAUAGGAUCUCCUAGCUGCUAGUAUAGGGUCUCCUAGCUGCUAGUAUAGGAUCCUGGGCUGCAGCAGAAAGCUUUAGGGUCACUCUCUUGUACUCUUCAUACUCAGUGCUUUACAGAAGGGGAAACUGAGGCGCACAGCAGUUAGAUAUCUUAGGGCACCAAGCCAGGGAAGGGAGAAGCCAAGUUUGAAUACAGCAGCUUAGUCUAGAGCCCCCGCACCCUGACCACUGCCCCAGCUCCACUAUGCCUGCAGAGAGGGGUGUGCUGGGGCUCCUGCCUGGUGUGGGGGUGCCAGCCUGGCUGGGAAGCAGCUGUUGGGGAUACCUGGGGGCUCCUCUUGCCUGGCAUGUGGCCCUGCUGCUGGCCUCCUGCUCCUCUCAGGCCUCCAGCGGCCUAGGGGUGGUUGAGUGGGCGUCUUCCCGGGAUGCAAGGGAGUUCUGAACUCUGAUGCAGGGGGGUCAGGAGAUAGCAGGCCAUUAGUGGCCAUCCCGGCUGAAUUCCUCACUGUGCAGAUGGGGAAGCGAGCUCAGGGAGGCUGAGUGUCCCAGGCCUGUUGCCAGAUGAAGCCACGCUGAGACGAGGCCAGGGAAGGUGCAGCAAGCCUUGAGGCCAAGAAUGUGGCCAAACCAGGGCCCUGCUCGCCUGGCUCCAGAAGCUGUUUUGCUCAGAGAUGGAUUAGGAGGGUUGGCAAAGGGAGCUCUGGGUAUGGCCUCAGGCCCUCCAAUACUUCUCUGGGCAGUUUGGGCCUUGGCCGUGAGUCCUCCAGUCCAGGUGCUCUCCCUCCCCAACCUCCAACUCAUCACCUCUCAGGCCCCAAACUAGGCCUGGGCUAGGCUGUUGCCUGACUCCUGGGGACUGACUCCAUGGUCCCCAGGUCAGUGGUCCCCAACCUUUUUGGCAUCAGGGGCAGUUUUCAUGUAAGACAAUUUUUCCAUGGAUGGGGGUUGGGGGGAUGGUUUCGGGAUGAAAUGUCCCACUUCAGAUCAUCAGGCAUUAGAUUCUCAUAAGGAGUUCACAGCCUAGAUCCCUCGCAUGCACAGUUCACAGUAUGUUCCUAUGCGGAUCUAAUGCUGCUGCUGAUCUGACAGGAGGCAGAGCUCAGGUGGGAAUGCUCGCCCCCCACACUACCCUCCCCCACUGCCGCUCACCUCCUGCUGUGUGGCCUGGUUCCUAAUAGGCUGCCCAUCAGUACUGGUCCUUGGCCCAGGGUUUGGGGACUCCUGCCCUAAGUAGUAAUAAGAGUGGACAGCUGUUAUACGUAAAUACUUGUUCCCAGUGCUGGAAAGAAAUAGCACUAGAACAUAAAUUUAAUUCUCUCAACAAGGCAAUUUUACUUUCUGCAGAAAGAGUGCUCAUCACAGAUGGAACAAUGGCAAACGCACACCUGAACAAAGGAGGGAAGCAAUGUUUAGCCUUUACGCAGUUUGUCCCUGCUACUGUGUCCUGUGUCCAUUGGCUUGAGCCAGACCGCACAAUCUAAACUAAAACCCGAUUGGCUGUUUAAAACUUUUCUAAAUAGGUAAAAGUAAUGGAAGGAUAAAGGAAAAGAGGAAGUUGCUUAAGAAAGGACUUAGGAAAGUAAUAAUAUUCCCAAAUAAGGAAGGGGCCUAGGGUGCGAGCUGGGACAUGCCUGCAAGCACGUCUAUCACAGAUAUUUUGGUUAAAAUACAAGGAUGUAGAAUGUACUAUGUGCCUGUGAGCAUGUCUAACAGUUACAUAGGAUAGGGCUUAACAAAGAGUUAUUAGCAUAAAGCAAGGAGGCUUGAAGGAAGUUCGUCUUUAAAAUAAACUAUUAUUUCUUUUUU